CUAUGUGAGUUUGCCUUUAAAUUUACAGCCACUGAAGACGCUGUCUGUGACGGGGGUGGUGUUUUUUUUUUUGCAAACAAGCCUUUAAAAUAAAAUCUGGAACUGACCGACCCACACCACAUUGUCUGUUUCGCACUCACUAGCGGUGGCGACAGUCGCGGCAGGUUUAUUACCAGCGGAGAUUGCAUCAUUCCUUCCAGCUCUUGUGCCCGACCAUGACCGGCACGGAUAGUUUUACGAUCUUAACAGAUCUUAAUUACCGAGACGAAUAAUUGGCUCUGUGCAAUUUUCCUUAUGCAUGUUGCAAAACUGUUGCAACCGAUCAUCUUUUUUGAUAAUAUAAAGAGCACCACAACUCCUUUUACCACGCUAAUCAACCAUUUACAACCCGAGCCGCCAUUUUUGUGGCGGUUUUAUGAGAGUGAACAUCCCUGAACCAAUUCUGCAAUUCGUAAUCGUAUUUCGCAUCCUAAUUAAGGAAGGCAAUUAAAUUAGCUAUAUAAGCGAAAAGGGAGAGUUGUUCGAAUAUCUGGAUAUAGCGUACAGCCAGAAUGGCGAGGAUGCAACUAGUGCGGCUUGCACUGGUCGUUGUGCUGGCAUGUCUGCUGACUCCACCAGCGCACGCGGACGAGCUGAUGGAAGAGUUGCUGAACGAGUUUGACGAUGAGGACGAGGCGCUGCUGAGACACAUUGAGGCAAAGCACGUAAGCCGCGAUUACGAGCAGGAGGACCAGAUGGCACGGGAACUCGCAGCACGCAUUGCUGCGGAACACUACGGACACGAUGGACAGGAAGAGGAGGGUGCCGUACUUGAUGGUCAAGCACCGCGCCUGAUAGACCCUUGCAAGGGUGUCCGGUGUGGUGCCGGCCGUGUCUGCAAGGCAAACAUUGAGGAGCAGCGUGGUGAAUGCGUCUGCAUCCCUGAAUGUCCCGCCGAGACGGAUCCACGGCGCAAGGUGUGUACCAACCGGAACGAAACCUGGGACUCGGCCUGUGAGGUACACCGGCAGCGUUGCUUGUGCAACACGGGUGAUUCGAGCUGCCGGCAGGCGGAGCUACGCCAUGUGCACAUCGAUUACUACGGUACCUGCCGUGAGAUGCCCGAGUGCAGCGAGAACGAUCUGGCUGACUUUCCGCGCCGUAUGCGUGACUGGCUGUUCAACGUGAUGCACGAUCUGGCGGUGCGCAACGAGUUGCCGGAAGCGUACAUGGAGCUGGAGCACGAGGCGGAAACGAACAUGACCAAGCGCUGGACGAAUGCAGCCAUCUGGAAAUGGUGCGAGCUGGAUGGGCAUCCGCACGACAACACCGUGUCCCGGCACGAGCUGUUCCCGAUUCGGGCACCGCUGUUCGCGCUCGAACACUGCAUUGCACCGUUCCUGGAGAGCUGUGACCCGAACCGGGACCAUCGCAUCUCGCUGCAGGAGUGGGGCAAAUGUUUGGAGCUGGAGGAGGACGACCUGACGGCGCGUUGUGCCGAAAUUUCCAAGGAGGAGGACCAGAAUGCGUCCGAUCUUCACGAUGCGUUCGUUUAGUACGGCUAUUCCCGGUCCACCCGUUCGCUUCCUAUCCUUCGACUAAUUCCAGUCCCUCUGUAAAAAGGGUUCUUUUUCUGGCCGAAUUCUCAAAGAUGCUGGAAACCUAUCCACAUAAUCUGUGCGAUUCCAGGUCAGCCUUGUUGGAGCCCUUCUGCUGCUGCCUGUCGUGAGAGCCAGCAGGGUGCACAAUAUACAUAUAUAGCGAUAGUUUCGCAAAGGCUAAGAGCUGUUUAUGCUUCUUGACACAUAAUUCACUUUAGUAAUCGCUAAUCGAAUCCAAUAACCGUUCCGAAGACGCGUGGUUAGAGAAGGUGGGCAAAGUCUUCUGACAAGAAGCGCUACACUAUCUGCUACUCCGUUUGUCCGACUCCCUUUACACUAACCUGUCCCGCAUGCAAACAGUAAGGUUCUACUGUGAGUUCAUCUAGAAGCUGCCCAUCUGUCGAUCACAUGGAGCGUGUAUGCCUGGAAUAUUGCCGUUCCCCGUGUCCCUGUUUUAAUAAAAAAAAAACGGACCACGCAUUUCGCUCUUACCUUCAAACAUCAUGAUUUAAUAAUGGCUUGAAA